AGAUCCCGAGCCUGAUGCUGACCAUGGCUUUGUCCUUUGACAGCCGUUUGACCACCUAUUUAUGGGUACUCCACUUUACAUGUUCUGCGGCUUUGCUUGAGCAUAGCCCGCAUGGCCGCGUUCUUCGUUGGCUCUUGACAUCAUCUCAAUCGGCAUUUCUCUAG